GGGAAGAAUGGGAGGUCUGCUGAACGGCUGCCGGGUCACAAGGAGGGUCUCCCCGGCCUGGAAACGCAGUAAAGGAGUGCCUCGGGCUGUCGACCUGCCCUGGGGCCCAGGGUUGGGAGAAUGAGAUGGGCGGGGGCGGUAGGGGGGAGGUGUGGAUGGACGACCGAGGUCCGGGGCUCCAGCGAGGACCUGGAGGCCUAACGACCCCGAGGUCACUGAAUCAGUUGGUGGCGCAGGGGGCGGGGCAGGCCGGCUAUCUGUCUGUCUGGACGCCGAGGGGCGGGGAAGAAUCGCGAAGGGCGGAGUUUUUGAGCCUGGAGUUUUGUAAGAUUGGUUGGAGGGGGUUUGUUUAUCUUUCUGGGAGUGCGAGAAUAAGAGAUGGCAGAGACCUUAACCUUCAGCCUCAGAGGUACCCUCAAAGACUCACCUGCAAUCUGCCGGUCUGGCUGCCGCUCUUGCCGGUACUGCCCCUUUAAAUCCAUGAUGGCUGCCGCUCGAGGCAAUUGUUUUGACGGGUCUGGGGGCGGGGCCUGUUUCCUAGUCACGGGACAUUAGAGCUGCCCGCGGAUUGGCUCUCACCGCGUUCAGGUAGGAAAGGAGGUGUGUAUCCUGCUUGGGCUCCAGUUUUCUGCCCGCCUCCGUUUACGUUUUGCGGAGCGACGGCGCCGGACAGUCAACGUCAUCUAGGAGCGCCGAGCAGCUUGGCUAAAAGUAAGGGUGGCGUGCUGAGCCCUGGAUAGCCGGAUGGCCCUGUGGGCACUGACCCGCGCUCUGCGCUCUCUGAGCCUGGCGCCCCCGACCGUCGCCACCCCUGCCCCGAGUCUGUUCCCCGCCGCCCAGAUGAUGAACAAUGCCCUCCUCCAACAGCCCUCUGCCUUGAUGUUGCUCCCCUGCCGCCCAAUCCUUACUUCUCUGGCCCUUAAUGCCAACUUUGUGUCCUGGAAGAGUCGUACCAAGUACACCAUUGCACCGGUGAAGAUGAGGAAGUCUGGGGGCCGAGACCACACAGGCCGAAUCCGGGUGCAUGGUAUUGGUGGGGGCCACAAGCAACGUUAUCGCAUGAUUGAUUUUCUGCGUUUCCGGCCUGAGGAGACCAAGUCAGGACCCUUUGAGGAGAAGGUUAUCCAAGUCCGCUAUGAUCCCUGUAGGUCAGCAGACAUAGCUCUGGUUGCUGGGGGCAGCCGGAAACGCUGGAUCAUCGCCACAGAAAACAUGCAGGCUGGAGAUACAGUCUUGAACUCUAACCACAUAGGCAGAAUGGCAGUUGCUGCUCGGGAAGGGGAUGCGCAUCCUCUUGGGGCUCUGCCUGUGGGGACCCUCAUCAACAACGUGGAAAGUGAGCCAGGCCGGGGUGCCCAAUAUAUCCGAGCUGCAGGGACGUGUGGUGUGCUACUGCGGAAGGUGAAUGGCACAGCCAUUAUCCAGCUGCCGUCUAAGAGGCAGAUGCAGGUGCUGGAAACGUGCAUAGCAACAGUAGGCCGAGUAUCCAACGUUGAUCAUAACAAACGGGUCAUUGGCAAGGCAGGUCGCAACCGCUGGCUGGGCAAGAGGCCUAACAGUGGGCGAUGGCACCGCAAGGGAGGCUGGGCUGGCCGAAAGAUUCGGCCACUACCCCCUAUGAAGAGUUACGUGAAGCUGCCUUCUGCUGCUGCCCAAAGCUGAUAUCCCUGUACUCUAAUAAAAUGCCUCCCCCUCCUGUAA